ACUUGGGCGUCGACAUGGUCGCGCCUCGUCCCGCCGCGGCCCGCCCGCUCCUCGCGGCUCUCGCGGCGGCUGCCCUCCUCCCGGCCGCCGGCCGGCCCAUCUCCACGACGGACCGGAGUGCCGCCUAUUCGGUGCAGCUCAUGACGGGCGCCAUCUACCCAAAGGGCGCCGAGCCGGCCGGGCUGCGGACCGUGGUGAUGACCAAGAAGGGCGGCAAGAAGUACCGCUGCCACCUUCCGCAGCCGCCCAGCAACGAGAGCAAGCCGGACGCCGGCGCGGCGCCGCCGGCGCAGCCAGUCGACGAGUUCCUCGGCCCGCUGGUGGGGCAGUGCUACCUCAAGCCGGAGGGGUGGUGGACGUACGAGGUGUGCCUGUCGCGCCGCAUCCGCCAGUACCACCAGGAGAAGCAGGCCAUGGUCAAGGGCGCCGACGGCAAGCCGACCCCUACAGGGCCGGGGCAGAUCACACAGGAGUACAUCCUCGGGACGUACUGGAAGAAGCCGCAGCCCGAGGCGCCAGCGGAGGGCGGCGCGGAGCCGAGCGUUGCGGAGACGCUGCGGGCGGAGCUGCGCGGCGAGAUUGUGUCCGAGACGGCGAACAAGCGCGCGUACUUCAAGAUGCGGUACGGCAACGGCACGCUCUGCGACAAGACGGGAAAGCCGCGCGAGGUCGAGGUGCGCCUCUCGUGCGGUCCCGGCGAGGGGCUGCAGAUCUCUCUCAUCGAGGAGGUCUCGACAUGCGCGUAUGUCUUUCACGUCCGCACCGACCGCCUCUGCCGCCACCCGGCAUUCGAGGCGGAGCGGGCGAAAGAGACCUCGCUGCCCGUCAAGCCCGGCGACGGGAUCGGAUAUGUGCCGCAGGAGCUGCUGCUGCUCGACACGCCGCCGGAGCCGCUGCAGCACCCGCUCACCGCUUCGCUCUUCGGGUCGUACGACGCGAGGCGCGGCCGCUUCCUGCUCAAGGGCGGGGGGGCGGCGGAGGGCGAGGGGGCGGCGGCGGAGGACGCGCUGUCGGCCGUCGUCGGCGCGUCGGCGCAGGGCCUCUCCAUCACCGUCACGUCUGGCGGACAGCAGCAGGCCGUCGAGCCAGGCGAGGAGGAGGAGGCCGGGCAGGGCGAGGCGGGCGAGCAGGCGGAGGAGGCCGUCCAGCCCGCCGAGGCCGCCGCCGCCGGUGAGGCGGGGCAGGACGGAGGAGGAUGGGUGAUAAUCGAUGAGGAUUAGAGAGGCGUCCACGCCGGACACGGGACACUGGUAAAAGAGUGGGGGCUGGGGGCAGGCGGACUGGCUUAGAGGUCUCGCGGUCUGGGAUGCCAGGCUUUCUUUUCUUGUACCAAUUCCGUCCGUUCACGGUG